AUGGAUAAAAGUCCUGAGCCUACCCGCGAAGACGAUUUGUCUACAGCUAAUCAACCACUGACUUCUAGUGGCUCUGAGGAGCACACAAAGCAUACUGAAGCCAUGACUGGCGACUGUGCCACUGGUAACCCUGGCCUCACCAUCCAGGACGAAGAGCAUGCCAAAGCUACCAAGGAACGUUCCUUUACUUCCUCUCCGGAGUCGAGUUCCAAGUCCCAUCAUUCGUCCGUUAAGCAUGCUCGUGUUACUUUCCUCGAUUCAGUCACUCUUGCAGAGCCGGAGCUCAAGAAGUCAGAGGUUGAAUCCAAGACUGAGCAUAAUAUUGAGGAGCCUUUGGCUGGUUUGGACCAGGAGCCAAACAAGCAUGCCUCCCAGGUCCACGCUAGUGCUGACCUUGGGGGCGCGUUGCCAAAAUCAAUCAAUUCUGCCGUCGUUACAAAAGAGCCAGAGAGCACUACGAACACCUCCGAUGUGAACAACGGUCCAAACUCAGAGAACGCGCCCAAGAUUGGAUUCAAGCACGAUCCCGAUGAGGAAAGAGUUCUCGCAAACGUGGAACUCGACGAUGGUUCUUCUUCGAAGUCGAAGAAAAAGAAGAAGAAGAAUAAGAGACGCCCCAAGAGUCAGCGCGGAGAGAACGCACCCACGGGAUUUGAACCCUUUUAUGCCGAUGCACCAAUGACCCCAAAGGAGGCCGAGGAGAACAAGUCGAUCUAUGAUCCUGCUUUGCCCAUUCUUGAUCGGAUUGACGAGGGCAUCAAGCGCUUCUUGUAUAAGCGACGUCUUGAGCCCUACAGACGCAAAGUUUUUCUCAAGUACCUGCAGUACGGCGGUGUCAGCGUGGGCCCCAAUCAUUCCCAGGGAGUGACUCCUUCGGAGUUGAAGGAAAUGACCAAAGAAGAGGCAAUGCAAGCUCGCUGCACCACGGCAACCUUUCCCAAGAGGGGAAAGCCAUAUCCAAUCUCCUUCAACGAUGUUGCCACUGGUUACCUGACUGGGUUUUACAUGGGUCACUACAAUCCUGAUACUGAGGAGGAGAUCAAAGUAUGCACUGAUACGAUGAAGAAUUUCUUCACUUACCUCCUCUACCACAAUGUUUGCCCCGAGCAGAAGGAGGAUCUUGAGGAAGCCAGAAGGACCUGUGAUCGGGCUGCCAAAGAGUUGUGGAUGAACCAGCAACUUGUACAUCAUGGCGGCCCCGGAGACUUCAACCGCGGCUGCUCCGUGCUGUUUGGUGGCUACUAUUUCGGGGAUGUGCAUGACCCCGAGGCUUGGGAAAAUGUUCCACAUUUCGAUGGAAAGGUCUUCACCAUUGAAAUGGCUCGCAAAGCCGUCAAAUAUGGCGUUGCGAUUGCCGGAAAUGAUCGGACUGCCCGCAAAUUCAAGAUUCUCGCUGACCUCGACAUGAUCGAAGCCAAGCAGGUUCCAGAUAUCGAUGGGUUCGAGGUCAUCUCGGUGGAAGAGCCUAGCGAGGAAACCAUCGGACUCUACAGGGAGCUGGCCCCGGAUCUUGGCCCUGUGGGCAAGAUUCGAGCCAAGGAAUUCCGUGAUCCCGCCAGAGGUCCCUUUGACCUCGCUCCUUGGGAAAAGGUCGACUGGGAUGCUGGUUUUGCCCCAACCUACGAAUUUGAAUUUCUUGUCGAACCUGACUUGUUUCCCUAUAUCUUGCCCGGCAUGAAGAUUAUCUCGGGCGUCUAUGAGACAAACUUCGGACAGUACUACUUCGAUGAGAUCAUGUCAGUCCUGCCAAGUUUCUACAAGUUCAUGUACAAUGACUGGAUGAUGGACUACGUGGUGCCCGCGCCCAUUAAAUACAUCCCCGACGAGGAGGAGGUCGCGCGCCGCCGCGCAAAGGAGUCUAUUAUGCGUCCUCCUGAGCCGACCCCGGCCGAGUGGGCUAUGCACAUGAUGGCACACGAAAUAGACUGGGUUAUCAGGCCGGGCCAGACUGUCAUGGAUGCCGUUUGGCAGAUGAUUCAUACCCUUGAGAGGUUCGGCUGGGACAUGGAGGAAGUCAAAGACUUGCUGGGCUUGGUUGAUCCGAAUCCGCUGAAGGGCAAGGAAAGGGCGAAUAAGGGAGAGCUGCGCCCCGUGCGCCUCAGCAACGAGCCCCGCAACAUUCCCUUGUUUGAGACCCCUGACCAGGCCUUUGACCGGACUAUUGGAUAUUUCCAGAAUCCGGAAAGGAUCAAGCCCGUUAUCGCCCCGGAGGUCAUCGCGAAGAUUCUCAAGCAGAAAAAGGAAAAGUUAGAGAAGGAACAAGCCGAGAAAGAAGUCCAGGCUUCGGUUGGGCAGAAUAUUGAGAAGAGCCAGGGAGCUGAGGGACAGCCCAAGGGACAGCCCAAUCCCGAUAUCCCGCCAGAGGCCAUGGCGUACUUCAUGAAGAGCGUGAAGAAGCAGAUAGAGAAGGAACAAGCCGAGAAAGGGGCCGAGACUCCUAUCACACCGGAGCUCAUCCAGAAAUUCGUCAAGAAGACAAUGGAGUAUGUGGAAAAGGAAGUGGCCAAGAGAAAAGCCCAGACUUCGGAUGAACAGAAGACUGCAAAGAACCAGGUAUCCGAGGGACAGCCCAGGCGAGGACCAACGAACGACAAAGGAAUCCAGACUGUGGACGGAUGGAAGAAUGCGAAGAGCCAGGAAGCCGAGGGGCAGUCCAACCUGGGAGCAACAGACAACCAAGCAACCCAGACUACUUCGGGUGACCAGAAGGCUGCGAAGAAACAGGAAUCUGAGGGACAGCCCAACCUGGGAGCAACGGACAAAGCAAGCCAGUUUUCGGGUGAACAGAAGACUGUGAAGAACUAG